CUUUCCAAAUAUGGCUUUCCAUAAGGAGGGUCAUUUGUUUGUGCUUACUUUUUCGGGGAAAUCACCAACCCCCCGGACAUUGAUCCUUCAAUGGUCUAUAAAAAGCAUCUGGUAUUAGAAGAAGAAUAACAUGCAAAGACAAAUAGUGCAAUGGCUGCGGAUCUUCGCUUCAUUUUGAUUCCCUUCCUUCUCUCCUGUGUCUUUCCAGCUUCGGACAACAGACUCGUGAAGCAGUUAGAUAGUACAGAUUUGGAGAACAUCCUUUCAAAGAUCCCAAUAACCCUACCAGAAGGAAUCGAUCCCUCGCACAUAAAUGUAACGUCAAUUACUAUCAAAACUUGUACUGGUUUGAAAGAACAGCUGGCACUGCUUGACAUUCAGCUUAAGCAGACAACUGUCCGUAACACCCAACUAGAUAAUGAAGCCUUCAGGUUGAGGAGGGAGGCCCGACUGCUGAAACUGAAGCUUUCCACAUGCAGCUCCACAGCCUCCGCUAUAACUGGCUCAUAUCAAACCCAGUUACUCAACCAAAUGAAACAGCUUCUGGAAACAUCUGACAGUGAUACAUUUCUGAUCCUUAAAAUCAUUGCACUCAACAGGGAGGUGGUUACACUGCAGGAGAAAGUUAAACAUGCUGCUAAUGCUACUGGAACUGCCUACUACAGAGGGCUGGAGGCAGAGCUGCAGGAGAAGACCAAUGAACUGACCGUAAAGACGCAGCAGAUCAAAAAAAGCAACGCAAACUCAGCACUUAUUCUUCAGAUCAUCUCACUGCAAAAUCAGAUCUGGAAUUUGGAACAGGCAGAAUCAAGAAAAAGAGACAAUACUCUUCAGCAUGACAACAGAAUUCUGGCCCUACAAGAACAGCUGAACUGGAAAAUCAUUGAGCUGCGAGGCAAAGGAGAUGCCCACUCAACCAUGCUGGAGCUGGUCUUUGUUCACAGUAAGAUCGCAGCGAUGCAGAGGCUUAUCACCCUCCACAGUGAGGUAUCCAGGACUAAUGCCGCCGAUUACCAGAGGCAGUGGAAGCAAAAAGUUGAGCUCCUUAAAAGGAAGAUUUUACUGUUGAAUAGCGCGGAGAGUAACACAGCACUUACCAGGGACAUUUGGACGCUACAGGCCGAGGUGCAGCUUUUAAGACAGUUAAUGAUGGACACUAAAAACAGAACCGAUUCCCAAAUUGAAGUGGUAAGACAUCGCUUGGAGGAGGAGAAGAAACGGGAGGAAAACCUACAUAAACACCUGGAGGAAGCAGAUAAUGCCCAGGCACAGCUGAUCUUGAAAAUCCUCAUCAUGAUGGAAGAAGUGAGAGAGCUGGAUGAUAAUACGCAACACCAGACAACAUCGACGAUUCAAGCCGGCACUCUUCAGACUCUGCUUCAAGCCAAAGAAAGGGAGUUAGCCAAAGCUCAGGCUGAAAUAAAGGAUCUGCAGAGGAAACUGCAAAAUAAGACUGAAGAAUGCACUAGUUUUGAAGUCCAAUAUGAGCAGUUAAAGACAGAAUUUGAGCAGAAGAUUGCAGAAUUGAACACAGCAGGAAACCACAAAGCAGCACUCCUUCUGAACGUGAUAAACCUGCGUGAUGAUCUGCAGAAUCUGAGGUAUCUGAUCGCCACCUCAAAAGAUCCAAAUAGAGUCUCAGAGCUGCAGAGGCAGCUGAAAAAGAAGCAAGAAGAGCUGAACUCCAAGACGGCGGAAAUAGAGAGAAAGAUUGCAAAUCCUCAAAUAAUCUUAUCGAUCGUCGAGCUGCAGCAUGAGAUUUGGGUCCUUCAGAAUAAAGCUCCCAAUGAGACCACUACUGGACGUGUACUUGAGUUGGAAGACAGAGUGGAUGGCCUUUUGAGUGAAAUAGAGGACAACGGCGAUGACAAACUGCUGCUGCUCAUCAUGACGCUGCAGAGUCGGGUGGAGCAUCUGCAGAGACAGCUUUCAGACCUCCAGGGGUCACAAACCUCUCAGAAAACCCAGCUCACAAAAGAUCUUGCAUCCAAGAAGGAGGAGCUGCAGAAAUACAUCAACGAGCUUACUGAGAAGGAUGAGGCGAAUGCCAAAUUGAUUCUGACAAUCACUGGUCUACACAACAAAAUCAGAAAUCUAGAAAAAGAAAAGCAAAAUGAAGGCCAAAAAAGUUCUGCUGCACUUACUGAGCUGAAGGAAAAGCUGAAGGUGAAAGAGGAGAAGAUCAGGGCUCUGCAGAGCCAAUUGAACCAGACAGAGGCGCAGUGUUCCACUGAUGACCUCAAACUUAAAGAUCUGCAAAACAACCUUGAUGGCAAAAUGAAGGAACUGCAGUCAAAAUCUCAGACUGUUACUUCACUUGCUCUGCAGGUUUCUACAUUAACUGUGCAACUGGAGGAGCUAAAGCGUCAACUACAAAACACCGAAUCUGAAACCAAGAUCAAAGAACUUCAAAAGAUUAUAGAUGAGAAAAAUACCGAGCUGACAAAAAAAACCGAAGAGUUGAAAGCACUGAGUGCUCAACCGCAACGAUUUCUACAGAUUAUUGCAAUCCAAACUGAGAUUGAGAAAUUGGUGUUUGUGGCCAGGAAUGAUACAGAUUACAUAAAGAUCACAGCACUUCAAGAUCAUUUGAAAUAUUUGAUUGAUGGAAUUCAAGACGAAGAAAACGAAUAUACUAAACUAAUGUUUAAAAUCUUGACUCAACAAGAUGAAAUAGCGAGACUGGAGAAGCAGCAAAAGAGUCAGAGAGAAGCAGCAUCCAAGACAAUUAAAGAUCUGGAGACUCAACUGGAGGACCUCAGAAACCAGAUAGCAGAGAAAACACGUGUGCUGGACUCAAGUGAAACAAGGAUAGCUAAUUUAACGGCUGAUAUUCUAGAACUUCACAAGAAAAUCAAACCACUGGAAGAAGAUAUAUCAGAGCUUAAAGAUAAAAGCUCUGAUAACAUCAGAGAGCUGCAAAAGAAACUGGAUCUGACAAGGAGGCAACUGCAAGACAGUGAACUUCGACUCCAGGGGGCAGAUACAAAGAAUUUUAACUUGGUUAUGGAGAUCACUGAUCUGAGGUCACAACUGAAGAUAUCUCAGGAGAAGGCAUCAAAAGCCGCUGAAAAUAAUGCAAUUGAAUUGAAACAACAACUACAAACACAACAAAGAGAGAACAGAAAACUUGAAGUCACCAAUAAAGACUUAAUGCAAGAGGUCCAGGAAAUGAAAACGUGCUGCUCUAAUAAUGUCAACACCCAGUGUGACGAUUUACAAAGACAACUGCAACAGAGCCAGGAGGACGCAGAUCGUCUUCAGCAGCAGUUGCAUGAACAGGAUGCCAACCUUAAACAGCAGCAGCAGGACUUAGAAGAAAUGAGGAGGGAAAAUAACGAGCUGCGGGGCGCCUACAAUAAUCUGCAAAAUGAGAAGAACCGUCUUGACGAUGUUUUACAUGAUCUUCAAAACAAACUGACUGAUGUGGAAGACAAGACGAUUCAUUCCAGCAAGGUGACCUUGGAUCCAAACACAGCCAACCCGCGAUUAAAGCUGUCUGCAGAUAACACACAGAUGUCCACUACUGAGCAAAAACAAAAUGUCCCUGACCACCCGGGCAGAUUUGAUACCGUUCUCGCUGUCCUGGGCACGGCCGGCUUCUCUUCUGGCAGACAUUACUGGGAGGUGUCUGUAGCCGGGAAGCUUUGUUAUCACCUCGGUAUGGCCAGUGAAUCUGCCCAAAGAAAGGGAUCGAUCCACUUCACACCGGCAAACGGUUUCUGGACUGUAGUCUUGAACAAACAGGGUCAGCUUAAAGCAUUCGACAGAACAAAUGCUAUUAUUCCAGUUCAGACGCCACCUGUCACAUUGGGGAUUCUGCUGGACUACAAAAAGGGCCAGAUCUCGAUUUACGACACUGGCACCAGAUCUCACAUGUACUCGUUUGUGGGUCAAAGCUUUACUGACAAAAUCUAUCCAUUCAUUAAUUUUUGUGUUGAGGAUGUUGAAGGUCAGACACCUAUAGAGAUCCUCUCUCCUGGAUCAGUAGACUGGAUCAAUUAGAAAACAGGGCAAGGUGUGUCGGUCCAUCGUUUCAAAUCUCAGCUAUGUAUUUCAGUAGGCUGUAAAACAAUCCCUGCACAUACUAACUGCUGCAGAAUGUUUCAAAGAAUAAAACACUGAAUACAAAGUAA